AUGAGGAUAGGGUGUUACCAUUUGCAAUUGGAAGGAGCAAGAAGGGGUGUGACAUAUUUAGCGGACAGUGGAUUAGGGACAAGAAAUCUGAGCCAUUGUACGAGGAAUUUGAGUGUCCUUAUUUACCCCGAUCCGGACAAGCAUGCUUAUUACAAGGCCGACCUGACACAGAUUAUACUUAUUGGAAAUGGCAGCCUAAUGGUUGCUUUGUACCUAGUUGUGACAAAACACAUUAUUCAAUAUGAUAUCACUGUCAAUCUUAUGUAUGAGGUCAUGAGUUUGAAUUUUCGCGUCAUCCGAGGAAAAAGGAUGAUGUUUGUAGGGGAUUCAAUAAAUAGAGGUUUCUUCUAUUCCAUGGUCUGCCUUCUUCAGAAAUUCAUUGCUGACAAUUCCAAAUCAAGUAUUGGAUAUGUUGGCCAGAGAAUUAUUUUUACAGCCAAGGAAUACAAUGCAACAGUUGAAUUUUACUGGGCUCCGCUUCUAUUUGAGUCAAACUCAGACGAGCCUGAAGGUCAUAGCAUGUUAAAAGAACGAAUUAUUCGCAGAGAUUCAAUGAACGUGCAUGGACAACAUUGGAGAGGAGUUCAUAUUUUAGUGAUGCACAGUUUUUUCUGGUGGUUUCCUAAAGUUGGAUACGUCAAGAUAUUGCAAGGACCAUUUGAAGACAAGGUAAAAAAUAGUAUAAAUGUACCCCGAGAUGAUGCUUAUCGUAUGGCAUUGGAGAGCAUGUUGAAAUGGAUAGAGGAGAAUAUUGAUACAACUAAAACAAGGUUUCGGCGGUGGCUGGUUGUCUAUAAGAUUGAAGAAGAUGGCCAGUCACCUUCUCCCACUAAAGAAGGCGACCAGGCUUGUGCCUUUUCUAGUGGAGAAGGCGAUUGGACUGGCGCCUUCUCCAACUGGAGAAGUCGCCCUGUUGAGAAGGCGAUCGGAAUGGUGCCUUCUCCACUGAAGAUGGCAACCGAGCAGAAGAAAGAGGAUAGGCUACCAUUUGCAGUUGGAAGAAGCGCGAAAGGGUGCGACAUAUUUAGCGGGCAGUGGGUUAGAGACCAGGAAUCUCGACCGCUCUACAAGGAAUCUGAGUGUCCUUAUAUACUCCCGCAACAAACCUGCUUAGCACAUGGUCGUCCCGACAUGGAUUAUCUUUAUUGGAAAUGGCAGCCUAAUGGUUGCUCUCUACCUAGUUUUAAUGCCUCGUUGAUGCUUGAAGCUCUUAGAGGAAAAAGGAUGAUGUUUGCAGGUGAUUCACAUAGUAGAAGUCACUACUAUUCCAUUGUUUGCCUUCUUCAAAAAUUCAUUCCGGAGAAUGCCAAAUCCAUUGAAACUGCUGGCCAAACAAUUAUUUUCACAGCUAAGGAAUAUAAUGCAAAGAUUGAAUUCUACUAUGCUCCACUCCUACUGGAAUCAAACGCGGAUAACCCUGAAAAGCAUACAGUGCAUGGUCGAAUUGUUCGCAAGGGUUCAAUUAAUGUGAAUGGACAACAUUGGAGAGGUGUUGACAUUUUAGUGCUACAAUCAUAUAUUUGGUGGAUUGUUGAUGAAUACUUCAAGAUAUUAGAAGGAUCAUUUGAAGACAAGGUAAAAAACAUCAUAGAUGUGCCCUCCGAUGAUGCUUAUCAUAUGGCAUUGGAGAGUAUGUUGGAAUGGGUGGAGGAGAAUAUGGAUCCAUCUAAAACAAGGGUAUUUUUCACUGGAAUUUCACCAAAUCAUAGAAGGAACGAUUUAUGGGGAGGAGACCAAAAAGGAAAUUGCUAUAACGAAACGACGCUCAUAGAAGACUCUAAUUACGAUGUACCAAGCUCGUUGAAAACAAAAUUACAGAUAAUUGACGAGGUGCUCAGCAAGUCGAACGUACAAAUAACACUCCUAAAUAUUACAAGACUCUCAAACUAUAGAAAGGAUGGUCACACAUCAAUUUACAAGAAACAAUUGGGGGCAGUUUUAACAGCUGAGCAACUAGCAAACCCUGUGAGCUAUGCAGAUUGUAUCCAAUGGUGUUUGCCUGGAGUUCAAGAUACAUGGAGUGAGCUUUUGUUCACCAAACUUUUCUAUCCUUGA